UUGGUUCAGUUGCACUUCCAGUUCCGAGAUGCUUGCUUCGUUACUUUUAGUACUCCCCUUGCUGUUUACGCCUUCGUAUGGUACUUUGGGCACGCAGGUGACCAGCUAUGACAACAAACGGAUGCUUCUUCUGAUCGAGGGCUUCAAUGGCACCGUAUCCGAGCAGCUCCUUCUGGUGGGAGCCACGUGGGGAAAACUGAAAGCCGACUACCCCAGGGAUGUGGCCAAAAUCGAGGAUUUGGAGGAGACGCUGCAGCAUGUGGUGUGCCGUAAGGAGAGUAACGUGACAGUUCGUCACCACCUGCAGAGUUAUCUCAUUCGCGAACAGAUCCGCGAGCAUCUGGAGACUCUAAACAGCUCUGAUCUGUUCCAGCAAGCCUUGCAAUCGGAGGAUCAUGAGCUGGGCAAGUGGCAGUUGGCGAUAGGACACCAUUCCCGGAAACUCCAUUGUUUGUUUGGGACAGACCAACUGACUAGGAUCCUAGGAGUAGUGAUUCGUCGGGCUUACAGCCUGGAGAGAUCCACCAGGCUGGCCGCGCUUCUCUACCAGCUGUAUAUCGGCAAUCGGGAGUCCUAUUCUUCAAUGGUGGAAGCCGAGUUGAUUCUUUACAAACGAUAUAAGAGUGGUGAAAAAAAUAGCCAGGAGUUCAGCGAAUACAUGGCUAAGCUCUGGCAAAGCAUCCAAAUUGAGGAAUUCUAUCCUGGGCUGGAUCAAAACACGAAACAACGACUUGUUGACGCAGUUAUAGACCUUCUAAAAUUCCUUUAAGUCCAACCCACAAAUGA